AUGAAAAGAGAACUCAAAUUCCUCAUCUACGGGAACAUCCUCCUGCUCUCCUUCAUCGUCUACUACACUUUCGACCUGCUCAUGAUCUGCAUAGAUGACACGACAAAGGAGGCCUUCACGGAAUCAGAACUCAAGAUUUCAAAUAAACUACAAAACUCAACCUUGCAAAUACCAAAGAUAAUACAUCAAACAUACAAGACUAACGACGUCCCCAAGCACUGGAUCAAGGGACAACAGAGAUGUAAGGACAUACAUCCAGAUUACGAAUACAUCCUAUGGACCGAUGAAAUGGCAUUGAAAUUUAUAGAUGAGAAUUUUCAUUGGUUCCUCCCCACUUUUAAAGCCUAUAAAUACCCGAUCCAAAGAGCAGAUGCCAUUAGAUAUUUCGUACUGUUGACCUACGGUGGUGUCUACAUAGAUUUGGAUGACGGUUGUGAAAGAAGAUUGGACCCACUCUUAACAGCCCCGGCUUUCUUAAGAAAGACUUCCCCCAUCGGGGUCUCCAAUGAUGUCAUGGGUUCCAUUCCAAACCAUCCCUUCUUCGCCAAAGUUAUCAAGUCGUUGAAACAUUAUAAUAAAUCAUGGUAUAUCCCAUACAUGACCAUUAUGUCCUCCACGGGGCCCCUAUUCGUAAGUGUCGUUUGGAUUCAAUACAAGAGAUGGACAAGACAAACUUCCUCCAACAUGAUUAAAGUCUUGCAACCAGAUGAUUAUAAAUUACAUAAGGGUUCUUUCUUCACCAUAUCAAAGGGAUCCUCAUGGCAUAUGGAUGAUGCAAAAUUCAUGAAAUCCCUAGAGAAUCAUAUCCUAUCGUGUGUCGUCACAGGCUUCGUCUUCGCCUUCUUCAUAUUGUACGCACAGUACUGUUUCUAUUGCUUCCUUUGUGCUCCAAAGAAUUCUUACAGUAAGUACGUUAUCCUACUCCUAACAAAGGCAAGAGACUUGUUCACUUUCACGAGGCAGAAAUUAUACUCCUUCAGGAAGGACGACCCAAUGAUGAUGGGCACCUCCUCCUCCUCCUCAUUCAGUAUGCAAAUAAUGGAUCGUACAAGAAAGGAUUCAAACGCAAUAAGGAUACCACCAGAUCUGGAAAAGGGGAAAACUCAACCAUCUACCGUCCUUCGCUGA